CCCCAUGUAAGAAUUCCGAAACAUCUUAUCCAACUCAGAACAACGAAGAAUUUAGCGGCACUAUAAUUCCCCCAUCCCCUUAUCCCUUGUUUGUUUGUCUGGUAGAACAAGGAACAUCAUCGUCCACGCAGGAAUGGCAUCCUUCUCGUCGGGCUUUUGCUGUGCAAUUACUGGCACUAGUAAUGGCAGCAACAAUAGGUGGAGUAUGGCAACUCUGAGAUCAGCCCUCCCGCCUUCGGUUCCUCUUCGUCCACCUCCUUCAUCGCGCUUCCCGAGGAUGGCCGCCGCGUUUCAGCCUAAGUCCAAAUUGGCUCUGCGGUCUUACACCGGACUCGCUCCUCUUCAAUCCCUUCCAUUCCCCAUUGCUUCUCCAGAAUUUAGCAGCUUUAGCCAUUGUUUUAAAAUCAUUGACAAUGGGGGUCGAGUCUUUGCCAUGAGACAUGGGAGGCGAGUACCCAAACUCAAUAGGCCCCCUGAUCAACGUCGGGCACUACUUCGUUGCCUCACAACCCAACUCCUCAAACAUGGCCGCAUCAAAACGACUAGAGCAAGGGCAAGUGCAAUGAGGAAGUAUGUUGAUAAGAUGAUCACAUUGGCAAAGGAUGGAUCUCUUCAUAAGAGGAGACAAGCUCUUGGCUUCAUUUACGAGAAGCAGAUUGUACAUGCCUUGUUUGCGGAGGUUCCAGACAGGUAUGGGGAGAGGAAUGGAGGGUAUACGAGAAUUAUAAGAACUCUGCCGAGGCGAGGGGAUAAUGCACCUAUGGCCUACAUUGAGCUUGUCUAGAUGCGAUCAUAUAUGCGCGUGGACUAGUACUGUCCCUGCAUGAAUCAGCUCGGUGAUGUAUUUUGCAAUGAAAGAUGUUCUAAUGACUGGUUAUCCAAUUCCUGAUGUUUUUGAAGUUGCAGUUUAGUUUUGGGUAAUGUUCUGUGUGAUGACAAAUGCUCUAACGAACUGAUCAUCUGAAUCCAGAUGUUUUUGAAGUUGCA